ACAGCAGACUCUGAAUUCAAAGUACCGCUGUCAUCUCUCGGACACCUGCCCAUAGAUUCACUCUCUCCUGGCAAUGUGGUGCAGUCGUAUGGCACUGCGUCGGCUUCAGCAGAUUGCUGUUGCUCCUUGGAAUGUCACUGGAGGUCUUACGAGCAAUGUGCAGAGGAAGAUGUCAACCCUGCCACGAGUGUACGUGACCCGGCAGAUCCCACCAGAGGGCCUGAGGAUCCUCCGUGAAUCUGGACAAGUGCAGUUUGAGCUGUGGGACUCAGAUGACAUCCCCGUGCCCAGGAAGGAGCUCCUGCAGAGGGUCAAAGGUGUUGAUGGUCUGCUCUGCGUGCUGACAGAGAAGAUUGAUGCUGAGGUGCUGGAUGCUGCAGGUCCAAACCUGAAGGUUCUCAGCACUAUGUCAGUAGGAUUUGACCAUCUCUCUUUGGAGGAGCUGAAGAAAAGGGGAAUCCGUGUGGGUUACACCCCUGAGGUUCUGACUGAUGCUGUGGCAGAGCUGACUGUAGCUCUGCUGCUCACAACCUCCAGGAGGCUCAUAGAGGCCACACACGAAGCCAAGACUGGUGGCUGGGGCACAUGGAGAACUCUGUGGUUGUGUGGACACGAGCUGGCCAACAGCACUGUGGGUAUUCUAGGCCUGGGGAGGAUUGGUGUGGCUAUCGCUGAGCGUUUGGCUCCUUUCAAAGUAAAGAAGUUCAUCUACACAGACGUGAACCCCAGGCCCGAGCUGGCCAGUGCCAUCAACGCAGAGUUUGUCUCUUUCGAUGAAAUGGCAAAGCAGUCAGAUUUCCUGGCGGUGUGCUGCGCUUUGACACCGGAAACAAAGGAGAUCUGCAACAUGAACCUCUUCUCUAAGAUGAAAAAAACCUCCAUCUUUAUCAACACAAGCAGAGGUGGUGUGGUGAACCAGGAAGACCUGUAUGAGGCUCUGUCCACUGGGGAGAUUGCAGGAGCUGGUUUAGAUGUUACUGUUCCAGAGCCCCUGCCCACAAACCAUCCUCUCUUUACCCUCAAAAACUGCGUGAUCCUCCCACAUAUUGCAAGUGCUUCUUAUACUACCCGUAACGCCAUGUCGGCUCUGGCUACAAACAACCUCCUCCUUGGUCUGCGGGGGGAGCCGAUGAUCAAAGAACUCAAACUGUAACUGGUGCUGCUCCAGCUCAUUACUGGACCAGUUCAACUACUGUACCUACUUAUUCUUUGAAGAUUAAAAUAAAAUUUAAAAAACAACUUUA